GCAAAGAAUGCUAGAAGACACUGAUCCGCCACCGAUAUAAACUGUCUCCUUGACGGCUUCACGACUCCACGAACCUACUCCAUGGCACAAGAUAUCAACACGACUGCCCAUAUGCCCUAGGAUGUCUCAAGACCAGCGACUUUACGAUCUAUUCGACGGUGACCCAGACUUGGAGAUCGAAUAUCACCAGGAUUACAGAGGAGAAGACUCCUGGUCCAACUUUCAGCGCGCGGGCGUCAUAAUUCCCUUUCUAUUAUUCAUCGCAACCAUCGUCUAUCAUACGUUCUUCAUUCUAGACUUCAACGUCUUGCCUCUCCCGGAGCUUGUAUGGAACUGUCUAGUUUAUCUCACGCCCUCUAGGCUUCUUGAUGCCGUGGAAAAUUACACGAACCCUCUUCGAAUAUCAAAUCCUGCUCUCAGAGAGGUACCAAGGACACACGCAGCAAAGAGCGAAGCAAUGCGUCGAAUACUGGGACUGGACAAACCGGGAGGAAUUAUGGGCUCAGUGGCGCAGGCUGGGAGACGAAGGCUGUCGACGCUUUCUGGUAUUAAUAUGGAAGCGGAUGGGAAACCGCCAGGAUUGGGGAACUGGGAUAAUUCUUGUUAUCAGAACAGCGUCCUCCAAGGGCUGGCGUCGCUGGAUUCGCUUUCAGAAUAUCUCACGAACCCUAGUAUCGAGAAUGGGGCCGUUGAUGCAGGUUCAAGGACAGAUCUGAAAAUGACGGAAGCGCUACGGGGGCUCAUCGCGACGUUGAACGAUCCCGCGAAUAAUGGAAGGAGGAUAUGGACGCCGGCGACGCUGAAAUCCAUGAGCAGUUGGCAGCAGCAGGAUGCCCAAGAGUACUUCUCCAAGCUUCUUGAUGAAAUCGAUAAGGAAGUUAGCAAGGUGGCUGCUAGAAUGAGAAAGUCCCAAGGUUUCGAAUCGGACGAUUCCUCCGCCAGCCCCAAGAGCUCUGAGUCCCUACCAAUAUCGACCUUGCGAAAUCCCCUCGAAGGACUUAUCGCGCAGAGAGUCGGUUGCCUGAGGUGCGGUUAUUCAGAAGGCUUAUCCAUGAUCCCUUUUAAUUGCCUGACGGUGCCUUUGGGCAGAUCAUGGGAGUACAAUGUCGCUGAGUGUCUUGACGAAUACACCAAACUCGAGCAAAUCGAAGGGGUUGAGUGCGGAAAGUGUACGCUGCUCAAGACGCAGCGUUUACUAUCGACGGUCCUCGAUCGAGUCAAGGAUACUCCAGAAGACAGUCCCGUUCGUAAGGCUACGACUGAGAGGUUGACAGCAGUCACCAAUGCAUUGGAAGAAGAUGACUAUGAGGAUAAGACGCUCCUUCAGAAAUGCAAAAUUCCACCCAAAAAUCGAGUUACUACUACGAAAACUCGCCAGGCUGUGAUAGCAAGACCACCGAAGUCAUUAGCUGUGCACUUCAACCGAAGUCUAUUCGAUGAGCAUACGGGGGAAUUGAAAAAGAAUUACGCCGAAGUCAGAUUUCCAAAGAGACUUGAUCUUGGGCCAUGGUGCCUUGGAAGCUCUGAUACAACUCAAGAUCCCUCUGCAGAGGAGUGGCUCCUCAAUCCAGACAAACCAAUGAUUGCUACGACUGGGAGGCCUUCGAGGUUACGAGGCCCAAUCUAUGAACUUCGAGCUGUAGUGACGCAUUAUGGAAGGCAUGAGAAUGGUCACUACAUAUGCUAUAAGAAGUAUCCCAGUGCUGCCACGGAUGAAAAAGGCCGAGUGAAGGAUCAGUGGUGGCAACUGAGCGAUGACGAUGUUAACAAAGUCAGUGAAGAGAGCGUCUUGGGACAAGGAGGUGUUUUCAUGCUAUUCUUUGACCGCAUCGAGCCCGAAACUACAUCAUUAUCAGAGAAAGCUUCGCUUGAACCGAAUUCUAUCACUGAGCCAACUGCUGCUACAUCUGAGUUGAGGUUAGCUGCCAGCAUACCUCUACCUAGCAUGGAUGAUUCGGAUGCUCUCGAAAGCGAUGAACAAGAAUCCACCCUUACGAGUUGGGAAGAGAGCACUGCUACAAGUGUUUCGGAGUAUGAUGACGAAGAUAACGAAAGAGAAAGCGAGCGGCAAGAAUACAAGCCUACAAAGGCGAUUCUGAUCCCGCCCUACAUACAGCAAACUGGUGUACAUAACGAAGAGGAAAGCGCUGGGCAAAAGGGAAUCAUGUCUGCCGGCAGUCUACUCAUGGUCUGAACAUCAUAUGGUGCAGGAACGGCCAUUCUUGUAAUUUUAGCAUAGCGCGGCGUUGGUGGGGAUUGAAUGUAUUUACAGACGCGAAACCUGAAGUGAAUGAAGGUUUGGGGACACGGAUCAACGGGUUCUGUAGACACGGUCCAGUGAUUAAUGAAUUUAUUUCGACUGUCUAUGCCUUUCUUCUGUACAGUAGUAGUCUUCUGAAUCAUCGU